AUGGAUCCCAACUUGGGUGAUGCGGACUUUAUGUCGUUCUUCCGUCCUCAUCAUCCUUUGGUCCACAGCUUUCUUCAAACCGCAAAAAUUAUUUCUUGCGGGAUCAUGGUCGGCACCGCGGUCUUGUUCCCAAUCGCCAACGAUGGGAACUUUUCCUUCAUUGACCUCACUCUCGGCCUAUUUAUCGUAUCGGCGGCGGUCUAUCUCGCCAUCAAUGUUCACUCGCUUGUGAAAAUUGGCCCAUGUACCGCCCCGAUAGCAUUGUUUGUGUUGCUGCAAGCUGUUCUGUCUGAUCAAUCCUCAAGCAACAGCCUUGUCCCUUGGCUACCCCUGGGAUUUGCCUUUACUAGCAUCACUACCGUGGCCAUGGACAAGAUCUGCAAGCGGUUCAAGACUCCUGUCCCGGUACCACCAGACAUAAGACUCCCACCCACCUUUUCGGACCUCCAAAGCAAUAUAUCCUUCCGGUCUAGCCCUGGUCCAUCAGACAACAGGCCCCCUUCGGAAUCUUACCGUCAGGAACCGGAGUUCUUCGAAAGGCAUGGGCCGUCGUUUGACUAUACCUGCAGCACGCACACAGUGAGUUCGGAUAUCUGCCUUUCGGAUGUUUCUGGACGAUGCCAAUCGGAGUGGGAUCUGCCAACCCGGAGCCAUUUUGUUUCUGAUUUCUAUCUGAACCCUUCCCAAGGAGCCGCCCAUGUCGGGGGACGCCAGGAUGACGGGGUCUUUGAACGCAACCUUGGUGACCCUCACCAUUCGUUGCUGGACAUUCCAUAA